UAAGCCCCGUGUUCGACGUGUGCAUAUAUAUAUAUAUACAUAUAUAUAUAAGUAUAUAUCGCGCGUGUGAACCUGGUUAAGGAGCAUGCCACAGACGCCGCUGCGUGCCGCGCAGGCGCUCAACGGGCAGGCUCAGGCGCUGCCCUAUGCGGACGAGCAGGAUGAGGCGGAGGAGGAUGAGGCGCAGGCAAAGCUGCUGCCCGUGCGCAAACAAUCGCUGGGACAGCGACGCAAUGUGGAGCUGCCGCAUCUGCUGGUGCUCAAUGAGCGUCCCGCUCCGGAGAUAUGUUCCCUUAACUCGGGCACGCCCAUGCCGCCAACGGAGCGGGAUCGGGAGCGGGAACGGGAUCACUUUGGGCCGGGACUGCGUCGCAAUUCCAUAUCUCUGCCGCAAGGCAUUAAUUCGCUGGAUUUAGAGGCAUUGCGUUUGCGGCAUCAGAUGCAGGCGCAGGAGGCGCUGCACGAGGAGAGCCAAACGGAGAGUAUGGUCGACGAUGCCUCAGCCUCCAGCAUGGGCACGCCCACAACGAUCAUGGUGGUUCCCAAAGCGAAUGACAAUGCCAAGCAGGAGGACGAUGACAGCAGCGAUGAAUUUGGAAAUGCCAAGAAACCCGUCCAUAGGGAUCGCUUCCGUAGCCGCCGACGCGCCUCGAUUGCCCCGCUGCCCGCCCUCCGACUGAACAGCAAGGAGAUGUUGGCCAGCGAUUUUGACACCCACAGCUUGGCCAGCAACCAGGCCUCGAUCACGAGCGUCAACUCGUUGGCCAGUUUGCUGCGCGAGAAGAUGCAGGCCUUUCCACAGCUGAUACGGAAAAAGAAGCGCGAGACGAAGGACUACAAGAUCAAGAUCUUUGUGAUCAUCAUGUUCUUUAUCAUCAUCUUUCUGAUUGGCUAUGCGUACAUUGCGUACCAUCAUCAGGUGCUGACCAGAAGCUAUUUCCAGAAGAUCAAGUUCAAUUCGAAGGAUCGCAUCUUUCGCAUACUGAGCCACGAGGACAAGGAGGUGAUAUCUGGGCACCUGGGCGUGACCCUGGACAGCGACACGGCGCCGUUCCACUGCCUGGAGAAUCAUCGGCGCAGCGACGGCAGCGUCUGCAUCGAAUGGAACGGCAUUGCCCGUCUCCACUUGAACUUCGAGGACAAGCAGGUCUUUCGCUGCUACACGCUGCAAUGGCAGGCCCUGAGGCCGGGCCUGUUGCCGACCGACUGCUAUGAGCUAAAGCGGGACAAUGGCUUGUGGUUUGGCGGCGGCAUCACCAAGGGCCAGGAGUGGUCCCUUAGCUAUGCGAACUUCGACUUUAUGCCCUACGCCAGCGGCGAUCACAAGGUGCAUCAGUUCGGCAACGCGGUCAAGCGCUACUUCAUCAACUCGAUCGGCGUCGCGAUGCAGGUGAGCGAACGCACCCCGCUCCAGCUGGGCAUCAAUCGGACGGAGAACCAGUUCUGUCUGCGGGCGGCCAACGAUGAUUUCACGUUCGUCAAUCGGCUGACGCCGCUGCCCCAGCUGGACUAUAAGAUCUGCACGACAGAGGAUAUGCGCAGCCUGCAUAUGCUGAUGACACAGCAGAGCCUCUGGGACGGCCUGACCGAGCAGGAUAUUGCGGAGCUGCAUUCGCUGCUGGAGGAGCCAGUCUGGCGUAUACCCAAUCAGGCGCAGCGCGACAAUCUGAACGAGUCAAUUAUCUGUGACUAUUCGGAGAAUGCCAUUGCCAUGGGCCUGGGUCACAUUGUGAUCAAUGAGUUCUGGCAGGAGAAUAUUGGCGAUUUUACAGUGGAUCGCGUGCGCUUUCCCACGCUCAAGGACACCAUCGAUGUGCUGCAUCGGCGCGGCUUUAAGGUCGUCUUCACCAUACAGCCGUUCAUCAGCACGGACAGUCCGAACUUUAAGGAUGCGGUCGCCCGGAAGCUGCUCAUCUAUGAGCGCUACUCGGAGCGCAGCAUCCCGGCCCUGACGCGCUACAAGAGCAGCUCCAGUGCCGGCGUCCUGGACAUUACAAACAAUGCAUCGGUGCCCUGGCUGCUUGAGAAGCUGCAACGGCUCAAGGAUGAGUAUGGCGUAAAGAGUUUCUAUUUGGACUUGGGCACCGGCUACAAUCUGCCGCAUUACUAUCAAUGCCGACAGCCAUUGGACAAUCCGGACAUGUAUGCACGGAUGCUGACCAGCAGCCUGGAGAGCGCCGGCCUGAUGGCCGUCUCCACGGCCAGUGUGGUGCCAAAGCCGCCAACAUUUGUGAGCACGCCGCCGGCGAAUGCCACGUGGGAGGGUCUGCGGGAUACACUCGCCGCGGUGCUCAAUUAUGGCGUCAUCGGCUAUCCAUUUGUGCUGGCCGGCGCCAUUGGCGGCGAUUAUCUGCUGCAGCGUCCGCUCACCAAAAUGGUAUCGUUCUAUUCGCUGGCACAGCCGCCGCUGCCAGAUGCCGAGCUCUUCAUACGCUGGCUGCAGUUGGCCACAUUCUUGCCAGCGAUGCAGUUCAGCCAUCUGCCGGAUGAGUACCACAGCGAGCUGGUCACACGCGUCGCCCAGGAGCUGAAGGAGGUGCGCCAGACGGUGGUCAUAGCGCUGCUCAAGAAAUAUCUCAGCCCAUCGAUGAACGAGGGCCUGCCGCUGGUCCGUCCACUCUGGAUGCUCGAUCCCCAUGAUCCCGCCUGUCUCAUUGUCAGCGAUGAGUUCUCCGUCGGCGAGGAGCUAAUCGUGGCGCCCAUUUUGGAUGCCGGUCUCGAGGAGCGUGAGGUUUAUUUGCCGCAGGGCGUCUGGAAGGAUGGCAUCGAUGGCUCCCUGCGCAAGGGCAGCCGCUGGAUGCACGGCUAUCGUGUGCCCAAGGACAAGAUUGCCUAUUUUCGCAAAAUGCCCGACAAUACGCGCUUUUAGGCGUCCACAGUUCCAGUUCCAGUUCCAGUUCCAGUUCUAGUUCACACUCAUCUCUUGUUAUAUUAUAUUUUAAUUGCGUAUUA